AUGGGUUACCAGUGUGGCUGGCACGCAGCGCUGGGCCGGUCGCCGAGCGGGGCGUCCCCGGCGGCCGAGGACUCCGACUAUUUCACGCCGGAGGAGCCCGCCACCACCAUCCUGAGCGGGCCGCGCGCCGCCAGGCCUACAAAAUCGUCUUUAGAUUGUAGCGCCACUGUUGUCAGUGAAAUAUUGUAUUCCAGCUAUAAUCGUUGUGUAGUAGUAGCGUUUAAGUUAGUAUGGUUGUCCCUUGUACGUGGCGGUUCCUUGCAGGAGGGCGCGGCCCCCGCGGGGGCGGAGGCGCCGCAGCGCUGGGCCUUGCCGCACCACGUCACCUCGCUGCCAGGCACUCCUCUGAGCCAGUGGAGCGCGCGGUCGUCGGGCGAGUCGUACAGCUCUACGUCAUCGUCGCGACAGCUGCUGGCCGCGCCGCUGCCGGCAGAGCCCUGCUAGCGACUCGCCCUCUCCUGCCACGCUCCCGACACACCACUCUCGCCCUUCUGAUAUUGUAAUACAGACCAUUUUGUAAUGAGCGAGUAUCACGUGACUUGGCAGGAUAUAAAUCAACAGUUUAAUGUUUUUCCUUUAAGCGCUAGGACGACCACAAAUGUCUUAACAUCUCUGGAAUUAAUUUGUAUUAUCUUUUAUGCACUAUACAAGAAAAGAAUGUGUCUGUAGUGAAUUACUCUGAUACUUGUAAAAUAUUCGUAAUUGUUCAAUAUUCCAAUAGUAACCAGUAGUUUUAUAAAUAUUUGGUGUUGGGAGAACUUUAAUGGUUAUGUCGAUUGGCUACGGACAUGUAAUUGAAUAAUUUUCGUAUAAUUUUAGUAGAAAGUUAUAAAACAUUUUUAGAUGUUUAAACUGACAUUCCAUUAUAGUAUAUGAAGUAGUGUUUUUCAUUGUUAUUUGGUAGAUCUGAGAUUGUAAGAUUAUUAAAAAAAAGUUAAAAUUAUUAAAAACUUGUUUACUAUAUGUAAGUAAUAUGUUAUAGUAGCUGUAGUUCCAUGUAUCUGUUAUGUUUAGAUAAUAAAAAAUAAUUUAUAUGUGAUAAUAAUUUGUAAAUAGCAAAAAAUCAAAAUCUAUAAUAACAUUGAAGUUAACAAAAAGCGUAUUAGAGUUUUAAAUUAAGAAAAAUGUAUAUAAAUAUAUG